AUGUGUGACUCUGUGCUCUCCCCAGAUGGUCAUUUUAAUCCAGAAGUGGUCAUGUACAGAGAGCUGUGUGCCAAGUCCCAGAAAAAACAGCAGCUCUACUCUUUGCAGCAGUACUACCACAAACUCCUCAAACAAAUCCUGGUCUCUAGAAAGGAACUACUGGAGUUGGCGGUCCGCAGUGGCCCUGACAUCGCGGUAAAGAGAAAGUGCCCCGCCCGGACGCCUGGUGAGAUGCAGGAACAGAGGGUCAGAGGAAGAGUCUGCUGGAUACUAAGGGAAGUUAAAACGGAGUGUGGAGACCGAUACCAGUCAUCUGACGAGGAUGCCUCUUCGCUGCCAACACCUCGGUCUCCUUCCUCUCCCACUCCUACUGUCUCUGUCAGGGUUCUGUCCAGUCUCUCCACCCAGGACAUGAAGACCACAGGUCAGUUACACUACAAUAGAACGGUCGACUUGAUGUCUAGAGUGGACGUGGGUCGUAAAGGCGCCAUGACACUGUUUGGCCUGGCUCGGCCCAAGAGGAAGAUGAGGAGAAAGAAGAUGAGGAGAAUUAAAGUGGAGUCCGAGGAUCCCUGUCAGGCUCUGAUGCCUUCAGAAGCUCCAGCUCUAUCACUUGACAUCCCAGCUGCUCUUCCUGACACCCCAGUCCCUCCACUGCCCAGUGUCAAGGAAGAGCCGUUGGGGGAGGUGCAGAACAACCCUGUCAUGGCGGAGGAGAUUGCUGUGACCUUCUUCAACCUGCUGGAGAAUAUCCUGAGACUAGAGGGGCUCGCCAGCACAGCCAUGUUGGAGGAGAAGGUCCGACAGUGGCAGACAUCUCCAGCUAGUUCCCUGAACCCCCGGUUCUCCUCGGCCUCCUGCUGGUCAGAGAUGGUGCUGCCGGCCCUGCACUUCCUGGCUGGGGAGACUAAAGUUGGUAUGAUGGCUCUUCCCAGUGGCUUCACCCCUUGUGUUGUGUUCAGGGAAAGCUCACAGCAAUGGAAAUGGAUUGGUAAGAUCUUUUUAGGAGACGUAGAGAUUUGUCUCAAUCUCCGGUCUUCAAGGUCCAAGCUGUGGGUCGACUCCAAGGGCCUGGUUGUGGUCAAGGCAGAAUGUGACGAACUAGCAGAGAUUACUUCUCCCACCCCUAGAGCUUGGACAGACUACGUGGUGCGGGCCAGCACUGGACAUGUUUUUCAAGUGCAGGAGCAACAGCGGUAUGACCAGCCACACAAAGCCUUCACCUUCAGAAUGCAUGGCUUUGAGUCUCAGGUGGGGCCUGUUAAAGGGGUCUUUGACAAGGAGAUGUCUCUCAACAAAGCCAGAGAGCACACUCUGCUGCGCUCGGACCGCCCAGCCUAUGUCACCAUCCUCUCCCUGGUGCAGGACGCAGCAGCCCGGCUGCCCAACGGAGAGGGGACCAGGGCUGAGAUCUGUGAGCUGCUCAAGGACUCUCAGUUCCUGGCGCCAGAUGUCACCAGUGCUCAGGUGAACAUGGUUGUGAGUGGGGCUCUGGACAGGCUGCACUGUGAGAAGGACCCCUGUGUGAAGUAUGACAUCGUCCGCAAGCUGUGGUACUACCUGCACCGCGACCGCGGUCAGGAGGAGUUUGAGAAAAUUCACCAGGCUCAAGCUGCCGCUGCCAAGGCCAGAAAGACACUGCAGCAGAAACCUAAACUUGCAUCCAAGCCUUCUGGCAGUAAGGAGGGCGGUGGUAAGACCUCUGGAGGCCUGGAAGCUAGUCAUAUGGGGGGUCCCAUGUCCCCAACUCCCAGCACCCUUGGAACCCCCAAAUCACCCCUAGCCCCUGUAGCCACAACCCCCACCAAAGCUGGGAUCCCAGAUUUAGUCAAGACCGGUCCUGGUGUUCUCUUAGUGUCUCCUCCCCCCAUUCCUCAACUGGUGACCCUGUUGUCCAGCAGCCAGUGUGGCCCACAGGUCUCUCAGCCAGCUACCUCCCAGCACUCAGCCAGGGUAGUGGGUCACCAGUCAGGCUCUCCGCCUCGGGUAAGAGUGGUCUCUGCCCAGGCAGCAAGAGGACAGCAGGCCAUGUUGGUGCACCAGACCCCUCGACAGAUCAGAGUGCCAGUCACUGUGGGUGUUAAGGGCAUCACACAGGUGAAUAAUUUCUGUAGAGAUAAAUCAGAUCAAGCCUCCUCCUCCAGGACCUUCUCCACCGUCUCCUCAUCUGACUCCAAGAGUGGCAACACCAUACGAAUAAUGCCCGGACUCGGGGUCAUCCCACAGAAACGGGGGCAACCAGUCUCCACUGGGGAUGCGACUGUCCCCAAAGCCACCAGCGGCGUGGCCUUAGCUGAAGGGGUGACGAUUGGCCCUUCUGCCUCAGGCUCCCUGACUCUGGGAACAGCCACAGCUACUGUCCGCCAGGUCCCCGUCACAGCCAGAGUGGUGUCCACACAACCAAGGAAGCUACCAGCUCGGAUCCCAGUGCCUCUGUCUGUCCUCAGCCAACCACUUAAAAGCAAGAGUGGGAUGACCACACCCAUACUGAAAGGAAACAUCAGUACGAAUCUGGGCAGGAACAUCAUCCUCACCACCAUGCCUGCAGGCACCAAGCUGAUAGCUGGGAACAAGCCAGUCAGCUUUGUCACAGCACACCAGUUACAGCAGCUGCAGCAACAAGGGCAGACCACUCAGGUCAGUCAGCAGCUUAUUCAAUACUCACCCAGCACCCAAACAAACUGA